AUGCCGAUCGUACGAGCUCGGAGGCUUAUAUCUUCAGUUUAUACAGAGGUCCUGUCGACUGGCGUGCCACAAAGUACAACUAAUACCAAAGAGGCCUCGGAUCUCCUAUUCCUACAGAUUUUUUUGCCUAUAGGAAAGUCUGCUCUGAUAGUUAACAUCUAUAAUGCCCCAGUAGGCUCCAUCAGAGCAGGCAAAGCCGCGAAAGCUCUUACAACUCUGCCAGAGGUAUAUUUCCCUCAAGCAAUGAUACUUGCAGGCGAUCUCAACCUACUACACAAUAGAUGGCAGCCCUCGCUACAUCGCAGCCCUACACCUUCUGCAGAGCCAUUCAUUAACUGGCUGGACCUCCAGGGUCUAGUACUCAUCUCUAAUAUAGACUGUCCCAUACAUGAAAGGGGUAACGUGUUAGAUCUCAGUUUUGCCUCAAGCCCUCUGGCACUCGCGGGAGCUAAAACUAGCAUAGCGAGCCACUUAGAUGCAAUCUUAGAUCAUCAACUACUAAUCACCACUGUACCAUGGGAUCAGAGAUACAAGGAAACAGCUCAGAAACUGAGAUUUGACACACUAGACCACACCUUCUUCCUCUCGCUCCUCGCCUCUAAUCUUACUGGCACUAAGAGCUCAGCCGCAACAGAAGAAGAUCUUGAUGCCCUUACUGAAAAACUAACAUCUGCAAUUCAAGGAGCAUAUAGAGGCUCUGCUAAGAGGACCAUGAUACAAGACUGCAAGAAAGCUUUAUACAAUUACCGCUUAGGCCUCUGCUCAAAGACAGACUUUCGCUAG